GAACAAUAGGGCGACCACGUUUUCCCCAGUUCCCCCUUCUGCAACAAGAGGUCCAUGACCAUACUCUCUCUCUCUCUGCCUGGGGCUCUGGCAAGAACUUGGCUCCUUUCAGGCGGCAUCCGGAGCGGGCCUCUCGUCUUAAUUGGGCUCGAUCUUGGGAGACCAUCUUUGAUCGGGCUUUGUGCGUCGCGCAACUACAGGGUCCUCGCCUGUGCUCGCGUGGUUUUCACGCGAGGCGAUACACAUCUGACCCGAUUUACCCGAGGCUCGGUGCUCAGCAGACGGCUCGUAUCGAAACUUUCCACAACCCUAUAGUUUUUUUGCUUUGCCAACUCCUCUUGGUAGCAUCUCCGAAGUUACGCCCUCGGUCUUUGUAAGAUCAUCUCGGUCGUUACCUCCUGGGGCAGGGCUGUGCUGUCCUGCGGUGCAUCACUGAUCCCGAGAGAGUAUACAUUACAUAGGCUCGUGCACACCAAUUUCAAAACAUGUUGCUAUCCUAUGGAGACAACGCUGUUCUCGGUACCUAAUCCUAUGCGCUGCCUGGGCUACCCACUCGUUUCUGUGAAGAUCCCCUGCUUGAUCAGCUCUGCAACCGCAGCGGUGACAUCCGCUCUGAGGUCAUGUCGCCAGAUUGGGCCCAAAACUCCUUGAAAAUGACUUUGCAUGUCGUUUUUCUGGUACCCGGGAAGCCCGCAGCGCUCAUAAUGAAGUCCGGCUGCAAAACUUCGAUUCCAGACCAUCUCAGCACGCGGUCGACGGAUGCAGUCGUAAACAGCCAGAAUGGACUGUAUGUCACGUGUUUCAGCAUGUCGCUUGAAUGACGGAGUCUCGUUGACUGACCUGCAGAUUGGAGAGAGUCGUCUGAGGGUGACCGAGCAACUUGCAGAGAAGAAAAACGUCCUCGAAUCCUUGUCCAACUCCCGAGCCGAGAUGCGGACACAUGGCGUGGGCCUGAAAAUCUUCCGAAUCAGCCCAGAAUAGCCGAAGAAGGGACGCAUACUGCAUCUCCGACCAGGACGACUCUGUCUCGCGAGUAUCUGUCCAGCGGUUUCAAAUGAUGGAUGAACCAUUUGCUCGGCUUCUCCAUGUGUUGGACGAUCGUCUGCACGUCAGGGCCCCAGUCUGCAUAUUGGUCGACGAGCUCUUGCUGAGGCACCCGCUGAACCCACGAUCCGGCGACUUGGACAGAUCCGACCGGAACGCCAGUUUCGGUAACAAAAGCCACGACGUUGAUCUACAUAAGCAGUUGAGACGAGGGCAGUCCGAUAAAGGCGUGUCUACCUUUGUGCGCUUUUGGAUGGGGAAAGCGAUGAUGUGCUUACACGGGUUUCAGCGAUCCCACAACACACGUGUCGGAGCUGGCCUUGACCUACCUUGCCAAUGCCCACGAAGUUGAACGUGCGGCUGAUCAGAUCUGUUCUCACGCCGGCUCCUUUCAAGACAUCCCAGGGAACAACUGCUCGAUAUGCAACCGUAUUUGUGAAUUCGAGCGCUUCCUUGUUAUCUUUCCCAGUCACGAAGGUCCUGGAUGAACUGUGGAUGCCGUCUGCUCCAAUAACCAGAUCAGCUUCGUGUGUAGUGCCGUCCGAGAAGUGGAUAGCGUAGGCGGAUGUUCCAGGGAUUGUGGAGAUGGAUGUGAGCCGUUUCUUGAAAUGCAUGUGGCUGGGAUCAGGAAUUAAAGGCAACACCGCGUCAAGAAAUGUCGGCCUGAAUAUGUUGAGCUGUUUAAUUUGACAUGCGCGUGAAUUCAGACAGACCUGUAAAUGCCAACACCUCCAUCCUGAGCUCCGCAGUCAGGCUGUAAUAGUUUCCAGUCUCAAGUCUUGUCAACGGGCGAUUACGCACGCUAUCCCGGUAGUCGUACAGCACUUGAUGGUCGCCAGGGCCAGAAACGAACAGCAUCCUACGAUCCGUGUGCUCAGAUGCUUCGAGGAGAUUCAUGAUUGAGCUGAGAAUCCCAAGGUCAUCCAGAGCUCGCAAGGCAUUUGGUCCUGCCAGGACCUCAGAAGUGGGUUUGAAAGCCGGGUAGAAGAGAGCACGAACCGAGACCGACACCAGCCCCGACUUCUUCGAACUUGGCCUAAAAGCAGUGAGACGAAUUUUACUCCCAUCGGCACAGAGUCUCUACGCACAGUAGCUUCAAAUAGAUCGGCAUGGAUGCCUGCGCGCGCCAAACCGACGGCACAGGCUAGCCCACACAUCCCACCGCCGAUAAUGGCCACCCGGAAGUCCUUGCUAGCUUGGACUGGAGAUUCCGCAUAAGAGUCCAUUAGAGCAAUGGCAAGAUGCGUGGAAGAGUGUGCUCGGUUUACUGCGCCUUGGCUGUUCCGACCCCCAAGUUCUCGGCACCACUGUGCCGAGGAUACAAAUAGCCCAUUUCGCACACGUGAAACUGGCCGAUUUCAUAGAGUACUUUGAGGAUGAAUCACAGGCUGUGGUCGGAUGAGGUGUCUCAGGAUGUAAGGGAAUGUUGCAGUCAAUUGACUCGAAGUGCUUGAGCAAAGGUGGACGAGAUCUGGCGGAUGAGCUGAGUCCGCAAGACACCGAGGAAGAAUAUGGGAACCAUCGGUGUGAGUUAUUUCUUGCAGCCUACUUGGCUAUCUUCAAGCAUAUUAGAGUCGCAAAGCUGAUCAGGCAUGAGUUACAGCGCCGCGGCAGUCAUCACGCGCAAGGCUUCGGGCUCUUCACGUGACCGUGUAACUCGAUCAUAACUGGGCCAAACACUACAUCACUAUAAAUUUUUGUCUCGAAAAUGUAGGAUCAUUGCGUCCUUCUUCCACUGUAAGUACCUCAUCUCCUCUCGAUCUCUUCCCUCCUUUCAUGUGAUGACUUUAUUCUCUUCCCCGUCUUACACGACCAUGCCGAGACACAGAGACGUCUGUUCGCAACAGACUCGUGUCCUUCGGGGCACACAGUGUACUUGCCAGUGCCAUUUCGUCUGAUCUCCUGCUUAUAUCUUCGCGAUUUCGAGCCCUAUGCUAACUGCAUUCCUAUUCAGUGUUCCCCCGCCUGGCUUCCGUCCUCUUCUCGGGCCAUUUGUUUUCUAUGCUCUUUUUCCACUUAAGUGUCAGUUGUGCUCCGUCCUGUUUAUAUUCCCCCUCCAUACCACGUUGAACCCAAAAGGCGUUGGUCGAGCUGUGGGCUGCCUUGCGGUACGCUGGCAGGUUCGGAGUUGGCACGAUGAGAGUCUAACGACCUUCCUUUGGAUGUCCCAAGACUGGUUUUAUGCUAAUCAUGGGUCAAGUAGCAGUAGUACAUGUGUGAUAGUUUGUACGAGUAUUGAAUCGAACAUAGUCUACUCAAAUAUUGUGGGCGUCGUCUGCUGUCUGCUCCGAUGUCUCGUCAGCAAAAUACAUUCUUGGAGGUAGUGUUCGUUGUGAAAGUUCCCUUCUAACCCGGGGAUCGAAGCGAGUGGGUGCUGAUAUGGAUGAUGUAUAUCUUGUAAUAGGAGGUAGGCCGAGGCUUUGUCUGACUUCUGUCCAUCUUCCAGGCAUUGUGUGGAUAGGUUGAUGUAGUCUUGACGUGUGCAAGUGUACGAGGAUAGAUACCAGACUUGUCAGGGUCAGGACUAAUGCGAGCACGAUGACGAUAACGGGUGUGUGGACGUGGUGAUUGAGUUUAUGCAUCGUGUUGUGUGCGACGAGCGGAGUGGCGGGAUCCGGAUUAGAACCCAAAGUCGCCGCGGACAGCGCGCUAUGGCGUGCAGGUGAUGGCAAAUGGCGAAGACGCGUCUGUCACUUAAGUCACGAUGCUGGCUCUCGCUUCGGUCUACUUUUCCACAGCCAGACUGCAUGCUCGCCCGACUCGCUCGGCAGCGGAUCUCUCGUCCUCUGAAUUCCUCUGUGCCAUGUCCUCGAAGAUGGGCGAGCGACAAGGCACCGCCGCCGCAACUGAGAAGUAGUUUCGAUUCAGCCCCACGGGUGCGAGCGAAGCCCGCUGCCUCCGACUCUAUGAAGUACGACACUGCGGCAUUCGACCCCCCUGCCUGGUUCGCGUACUCGCCCUGGUCUAGUCAAUUUGUUGGUGGGAUGCAGGGGAGAGUCAUGAUCCAGAGUCUGUUGUACGCAUUGCUCAUCGUGGCCGCGACCAACUAUAUCGACUCCGAGCUGUUCCCUUCCAUCCAAUCUGAUGUUGCGAAAUACGCGUCACCACACGAACUUAAGCUCGCCAUCAUAUCGCUUCAACAGGCAUUCCCGGAAGAGGGGAGGGUAGACACGAACCCCGAAGUGUUGAAGAGCGCAGGAUCAUCUGACAAUUCGUACCAUCCUGCCGCUCCUCAUUCAGUUCUCGUCCGACCGCAAUCCACGGAGGAUGUCGUCAAGGUCGUCAAGAUCGCGCGCAAGUUCAAGGUCCCAAUCAUACCGUCUUCGGGGGCGACAAGUCUCGAGGGACAUUUCUCUGGUCACCCUAGCGGCAGCAUCUGUUUGGAUAUGUCCGGAAUGGACCAGAUUCUUCAAAUCAAUGUGGAUGAUUCCGAUUUGAUAUGUCAAGCUGGAGCCCGCUGGGAAGAUAUCAACCAAACACUCAAGGAGAAGGGUAUCCCGCUGUUCUUUCCCGUGCGUUCAUUUGUUUGGUCUAUCGGAUGGAGUAAUAAUGCCUGGAAGCUCGAUCCGGGUCCUGGUGCUACCAUCGGAGGCAUGGUGGGAACCGGAUGCAGCGGCACUAACGCAGUCAGAUACGGCACAGCUAAGGCUGAAUGGUUCCUGAAUCUCACGGUUGUGCUUCCUAACGGAGAAGUGAUCAAAACUCGCAGAAGAAGUCGGAAAUCGUCUGCUGGCUGGGAUACGACAAAGCUUUUCAUUGGGGCUGAAGGGACACUCGGAAUUGUUACGGAGGCGACAUUACGACUGGCGCCUGCCCUCCCGACGAAAGUGGCUAUGGCCCAAUUCCCAGACGUGGGCAAGGCUGUGAAUGCGGUUCAAGAGAUCCUCAAUUCUGCCUACGGAUCCCACGUUCAGUGUGUCGAGCUUUUGGACAAUCAUAUGAUGGAUGCUAUCAACAAAGGUGGCCUCGUUGACAAGCCAUAUCCCGUCACGGACACUCUCUUUCUCAAGCUGCAAGGGGACGAUGCUGCCAUCAAACUUACUUCGAAGACCAUCCAAGCGAUCGUUAAAAAACACGGCAGCAGCAAAUUCGAGUUUGCAGCGACCGACGCUGAAGCGGAUAGCCUUUGGCAGAAUCGCAAGUAUGCUCUCAUGUCAACACUGGCUGCAUAUCCCGGAAGCAAGUGCUGGACGACUGAUGUCUGCGUUCCCGUCUCGAAUCUUCCACGACUCGUCCUCGAAAGCAAGAGAGAUCUAGCAAAUGCUGGGCUUCGCAGCACGAUUGUUGGACAUGUCGGAGACGGAAACUUCCAUGCGCUGAUUCUGUUCGAAGACGACAAGGAGUUGGAAAAGAUCUGGACGGAACUUGUGAGCCCAUCGCUCUUGAAGGAGUUGUACGCUGAAGCUUUCUCGCAAGGCACCGGAGAACAUGGUGUCGGGGUUGGGAAAAAGGAGUAUCUGACUGAGGAGCUUGGGGAAGGCACCGUGGCCCUCAUGAGGCAAGUCAAGAAAGCCAUCGACCCAGAUGACAUCAUGAAUCCUGGCAAGCUUUUGCCAGAUGAGAAGAGAGCUUGAGCUUGAUAGAAUAGUGAACAUCCGGUCGAUUAUCUGAUGUUUACGGACUGCGAGAAUCAAUUUCGCUCCAACUAUUUCAAGUAAACACUCGAAUCGGAGAUGCACAAUAUUCACUCGGGUGAUAUCCAACCCAGUCGGUCGACAGUGAGCUCCAGCAGGUGACCCGUAAGCGCAAUGUAUGUAUCGGUAUGGCAGUUCUACUGUUACUUGGCUGCAGCCGGAUUACUCUGUUUCCUCUUCUUUUUCUUGCGAGCCGCGUUGCUUUCUGGCACCGUCGAGGCACCGGCUGCAAGAUUAGGCAUGACGGCAUCGUCUUCGCGUGGUCGUUUCUUCUCGUUCUUGUUUUGAGGCUCUCCUGGGCUCUCUUCCAUCGCAACUUCCGGUGCGCUGAAACCUUCUGGUACGACCAGGACGGGUUCGCUAAAGACGGCCCGAUAUGUCUGCCGCGUUUCUGUCAACAAGAGUCAUUCGUAACAGAUUCCAGACAGGGUAAAUGGUGACGAACGGGCGCGUAGUACGAGGGACUUGGGAGACUUGGUGCACGCGCUAUGGGCGGCGUCUUGAGGCAUGUCCAAGAGAGUGAUCCUAUGAUCUAUGAGAUGAGCGAGAUAAGUCGAUGCCCAAGCUGCCCGCACAGGUUCGCAACAUCUCUCGGAGCACGCAGAUCGGCCUCGGCCACGACUCCACCACUGACAAUGAUCCCCUUCCCUUUGGAGACGCGUACGAUCUCCUUGGCCGUCGCCCACCAGUUGCGUUUCGCCUGAGGGCCAGUCUCAGCGUACCCUGCCUCGGAGACGACUGGCUCGUGCUCGCCACCCAGUGCCCCGACGUAGUUGAUCUCAAAUACCGCGCCAUUCUUGAUUGCAGUGCGCACAAGCGUGUGCUUCAUCCGGAAGUCAAGCCGUAGCGUGAGCGGUAGGCAGAUGAUGUGCGCCGUCAGCGCGGAGGGUAGGCUGUGUGUGAGGCACGCAAGUGAAAAGGUCGCUUGAUUAGUUGGAACCAGCGCGAUGAGGUCGUAUGAUUUGAAGAGCGGCGCAUUUGUGGGUAUCUGUGCCCCGAUGAACGAUACAUGCUGUGGAUUGGGGACCAACUAACCAAUCCGAACCCUUUCUCGCUGUCCUGGUCCAAUAUGAUCGUCAGGCGUUUGAGGAAUACAACUCCAGUGCGUUUCUUGAGGCUAGAUACAAGACUGUCCAUGGUAUUGACGUGUGUCUUGGGCACAACAGCACUUAGCACAGUCUGAUUGAAGGCAAUAACCGUGUAUCCCACUAAUCGAGUCAAUGCAUAACCAGACAGCCACAGUAACGAGGUACACACGAUGUACCAACAGAUCUACCCGUUCCUCUAUGGAAGAUAUCUGAGCUGGAGAAUACGAUACAUCGCUCAAUUGCUGAGGCUGUUUGCCUUUAUUCUUCUUCGAGGAUGCGUGAGUCAGUUGUGUCGCGUGUGUGACCGGUACGUUGAGAUCGAAAAACAUGAAUAGUGGGUGCUCCGCUUGGAUAAACAAACCAAAUCUUUCUCCGCAAAUGGCACGGGGAAAGAUUUUUCGAACUCAGCGGAAAAGGAAAAGGAGAUCGCUGGCUUAUUGAUUGACAGCUUGCACGGACAGCCACCCUCCCUGAUUUACCUCACCCCCGCAGACGGCAUCAAUGAAUUCAGACUUGCGUCCGAGUUUCCCUUCGACCGCUGUACAGCGGGGGACCAGUUGGUGUGGAUACAAGGAGCUCCAAUUCCUCAUUGUCUUCGGAGACUCAUACUCGGACGUUGGUUUCCGACAUCGAGUCGGAUGCCCUAUCCCAAGUGACGAUGAGCCCUUGGGAGUGGAGUUCCCAGGCGUGACGUACGCGGAGCAAGGCGAGCCGAACUGGAUCGGCCAUCUAGUGACCAACUACGCGCUUGGCGAACACCAGCUACUGGUGUACGAUUACGCUGAGGGUGCGUCGAAGGUGUAUGAUGUCAAGAGGCAGAUCGAGAGUUCUUUCGUGAGGCAUAUCGCUGAGAGACCUGCCUGGGCGCCCUGGGAUGGCAACAAUUCCCUUUUCGUGACAUGGGUUGGAAUCAACGAUUCAGCUUUCUCUUACGUUCGUGAACCGGAGGAAACCUGCAUCGACUUGUGGGAGAAGUUGCUCCACGCUCAGGAGACGUUAUACGCUUCAGGCGCCCGAAAUUUCCUUUUCAUCAAUGUGCCACCGAUGGAUCGAUCUCCAGCCAAAAUCAGACGACGAAACUACGUUGCCUGGAAUACGGAAUUGUAUAACGCCGUGCCACGAUUCGCAAAGGCCCAUCCUGAUGCGACUGUAUUCAUCUACUCUGCUUGGGACACGUUCAACGCCCUGCUCGAUGACCCCGUUGGUCACGGCUUCGAGGUUGACGAUGUUCAGAACUCUGAAAGCUCUAUCUGGGUGGAUAGCUUGCAUCCAACCAGCCAUGUCUAUGACUUUGUGGCGCGAGACGUGUCGAUGUUUCUUGGUGCUCAGGGUGCUUCGUAAUUCAGGACGCUCGCUCAAUUUGGACAUUUUUCAUCUGGGUUGUAUAGAACAUUGAUUUUAGGGAUUUGGAUAUCUAGGGUAAAUGUUGUACAUAUGUCUCCGGCCAUGUACUUAUAGGCGUCUGACGCUCAGUUCCGGAAACUGAUUACAGUUUUGUUACAACAACUGUGUCACGGCUAUGUACAGAAUACGAUAUUCGUCCAUUGUCAAAUUGUCGACCCAGUUUUUUAGCUGAAGAGUCCCUUCACUCUUGCUUGGACAAUUUUUUCAUCGAGCUGGAGGGUUUUGAUUCCUGUCUUGCCUGCUCGCCACGACUCGACCAUUGCUUUUGCUUCGACUGGGUGGAUGCUGGGAUCUUUGGUCCCGACUGUGAGG